UGCGCGAAAGCUUGCGAAGCCUUGGGCAGUCAGGUUCUUUUGCGGCCUGCAACUACUGCCGUGGGGCAGCGCACAAGAGAGGAGAUCUGGGAGACCCGGGUGAGACAGUGAACGAAUCCGAUUUGUUCUUCCUCUGCCUGGCUGAGUUGCAGGGACCGCACCGUACCGGGGUCUCCCGCCCAAGAGAAGCCGCUGGCCGAGACCCGGGGCGUGCGCUGACUGUCGGCCAGCUGCCAUGGCCGACCACCUGAUGCUCGCCGAGGGUUACUGCCUGCUACAGGUGCCACCGCACGCCCACGGCCCGCACGCGCCCCGGACUCUGCAGCCAUACCCAGGCCCGGGCAUGGACAGCGGUCUGCGGCCGCGAGGGGCUCAGCUGGGACCGCCGCCGCCACCCGGGACCCUGGCAUACGGCUCCUUCGGGUCGCCGGUCUCCUUCCAGCCCUUUCCCGUCUCGCAGCCGCCGGGCGCCAGUAGCACGCACCUGCAGUCUGCAGCCACACCGUCUCCAGGCCGCAUCCCGGCGCCCCCGGCAACCGCCGGAGGGCCCUCACCUCUACAGCCGGCUCCGGGAGCCGCCUCCCCGCUGCCGCCGCCGCCGCCGCCGCCCGCCCUGGGCUGCAUGGACGCGGAGCUCAUCGACGAGGAGGCGCUGACGUCGCUGGAACUCGAGCUCGGGCUGCACCGUGUACGCGAGCUGCCUGAGCUCUUCCUCGGCCAGAGCGAGUUCGAUUGCUUCUCGGACCUGGGGUCAGCGCCGGCCGCCGGCUCGGUGAGUUGUUGAGCGCCACCACCGAGAGACGCGGGACUCUGCGCCCGGUGGCCCGACCCGCACACACCCUCCGUGAGGGUGGAGGCGCAGGGUUUAGGCGCCGAGACGGCUCCAGCUGUGGACACCUGCCUUGCCUCCAGGCCCUGCUUCCUGCCAGAUGACAACUGGGUCUUGCUUCUCAUACCCAAGCCUCAGCGGUCUAAUGGAGGGGACUGAACCAGCCUUCGGAUUCCACGUUCUUGAAUUUUGCGCCCUCUUUCCGCCCCCUUUCCCCAAUCUGAGCCAUUGCAGGCCUCUCUGCCUGACCUUCCUUCUCAUGCAGCCCACUAACCGGAUUGGGUCUAGGGAGCCAGCUCCCUGUACCCUACCUUUCCUGGGCCUCUGGCCUGGGGGAGGGAAGGUUUUUACACCUAACCCCUGCAGAGUGGAACCAUGCUCCGGGUGGCCUUGAAAACCAAAAUAAAACUGGGUUGCUUUACA